AUGACGAUCCCUAAUAAUUUCAAAAUAUUAUCGUGGUCAAAAGAACUCAUUAUUUCCACUUCUCUUUCAAAAUCCUUCUUCACUUCAUUGGACACUUCUUCUUUAAGGACUUUCACUGCCACCUUAUUUGAUGGUCCUUCACCAGCUGUCAUCUCUCCUAAAAAAACAGACAAUAUGAAAUCAAUGUUCAGUCUGUUCGUAUCUAUCUAUCUAUCUAUCUAUCUAUCUAUCUAUCUAUCUAUCACAGUCUGUUCGUAUCUAUCUACCUAUGUAUCUCAGUCUGUUUCUAUCUAUCUAUCUAUCUAUCUAUCUAUCUAUCUAUCUAUCAGUCUGUUCGUAUCUAUCUAUCUAUCUAUCUAUCUAUCUAUCUAUCUAUCUAUCUAUCUAUCUCAGUCUGUUCACCUCUCUCUCUCUAUCUAUUUAUCUAUCAGUCUGUUCAUAUCUAUAUAUCUCAGUCUGUUCGUAUCUAUCUAUCUAUCUAUCUAUCUAUCUAUCUAUCUAUCUAUCUAUCAGUCUGUUCGUAAUUAUAUAUCUCAGUCUGUUUCUUUCUAUCUAUCUAUCUAUCUAUCUAUCUAUCUAUCUAUCUAUCUAUCUAUCUAUCUAUCACUGUCUGUUCGUAUCUAUCUAUCUAUCUAUCUAUCUAUCUAUCUAUCUAUCUAUCUAUCUCAGUCUGUUUGUCUCUCUCUCUCUCUAUCUCUCUCUCUCUCUAUCUAUCUAUCUAUCUAUCUAUCUAUCUAUCUAUCUAUCUAUCUAUCUGCCCAAAUCGUCCAAAUAUUCUUCAGCGGAAAAUGA